AUGGAGGCCACCACCCUGCGGAAGCGGCCGCUCUCGAUCAAGACGGCCGCCGGACGCGAAGGGCGGACGGCGGCGGAAGCAGAGCUGGGGGAGCCGGUCAGCCCCUCCGCGAGGCUCGUGGAGGACUUCUACAUCAUCGUCCUCAUGGGCGCCUCCACGCCCCUCAACCUCCCCGCCCUCCGCGCCGGCAUCGAGGCCCAGCUCGCACGCUACCCGCACUUCCGCAGCAUCCAGGUACGUAGCCUUCCAUCGCAGCAUCGCCAUGCAUGCAUAUGCAUGCCUCUCCAGUCUCCAUCCACGUACGCCAGGACACAAGUUUCUUUUUUUCUAAGUGAUUCGAUAUGGUCGCCGGUGCAGGUAACGGUCAAGGACGGCGAGCUGCGGUGGGCGCCGACGACGGUGAACGUGGAAAACCACCUGAUCCGCCCGACGCUGGACCCGGCCGCCGUGGCGGCCAACCCGGACAAGGCCGUGGAGGACUACGUGGCGUCCCUGUCGACGCUGCCCAUGGACCGGUCCCAGCCGCUGUGGGAGUUCCACCUCUUCGACUUCCCGACCUCCGAGGCGACCUCCACCGCCGCGAUCCGCGUGCACCACUCCCUCGGGGACGGCAUGUCUCUGCUCACGCUCCUCAUGGCCUGCACGCGCAGCGCCGCCGACCCGACCAGGCUGCCGGCCAUGCCGCCGCUGCCAUCGCGCACGGGCGCCAUCUACCAGCGACCGCGCCCUUCGGCGGGCGUCCUGGCGUACCUCCUCUGGGUCUGGUCCUUCGUCGUGCUCGCCUGGCACACCGUGGUGGACGUCGUCGGCUUCUUCGCGACCAUACUGUUCUUGAAGGAUCCGCACACGCUGUUCAAGCGGGUGAACCACGCGGAGACGCAGCGCAAGCGCAUCGUGCACCGGAGGCUUAGCCUCGACGACGUCAAGUUCGUCAAGAACGCCAUGAAAUGCACAGUUAACGAUGUGUUGAUUGGAGUCACAUACGCUGCCCUGUCGCGCUAUCACUUCCGAAAGUCGGGUGAAACCGACACUCGCAAAGAGAUACGCGUGCGCUCAAUGCUUCUCGUCAACUUAAGGCCGACCACAAGCCUACACGCAUGUGUUGAUAUGAUAAAGUCGGGCAAAGAAAGCCACGUGAAAUGGGGAAAUGAACUUGGGUUCAUCAUCCUUCCGUUCUUCAUCGGCAUGCACAGCGACCCGCUCGACUACGUUCGCAAGGGGAAGAAGGUUGUGGACAGGAAGAAGAGCUCACUGGAGGUGGUAUUCACACAUGUCGCCGCAGAAGUGAUCUUCAAAGUGUUUGGACUGAAGGCAGCUUCGGCUAUCUUCCAUCGUAUGAUCUCCCAUACCACCAUAUCGUUCGCCAACAUGACUGGCCCGGUUGAACAGGUGGAGUUUUGUGGGCAUCCAAUCGUCUUCAUCGCCCCUAGCGGCUAUGGACCGCCAGAAGCCCUAACCGUGAAUUAUCAAAGCUAUGUCAACACCAUCAUGAUAAAUCUAGCACUGGAUGAGGGACACUUUCCUGACUAUGAUGAACUUUUGGAUGACUUUGUUGAAUCCCUUGAGGAUAUUAAGGAUGCAGCUUCACGCCUUGGAAUGCAUCAUGGGAAGGCCUAA